UUUCUACUAUAGUAUAGAGAACUAUGAAUAAUCUGGGAGGUUUAAAUUGUGUUGAUAAAUUCAACUAAAAAUCUACAACAAUAAAAGGUAUAUUUAUGAUAUAAGAAGAAAACUUUCACUGGACAAAUGAUAAACAACGAAGCGUGAAGAUUGAUUGAAAACAUUGGAUAUUAAUUGAAAUUAAACUCGCAUUUGACAACACAGAACUUUAACAAGAUGCCGGGACAAAUUCGACGACCGUAUACUUCAUAUGAAAUGAGAGGCUAUGACAUAUAUCCAUCUGAUGUAUAUGAAGAAGACCAGUAUGGAGAUGUUAAUUGCCCAUCACCUCCUCCAGACCCUACAGGCAGAUAUGGUGCUUAUACCCCCGGACGUGUUACGCCAGGGAGGCCGGGAUCAAGGAUUAACCACGCAACACAGGAUUACCAGGAUCAGACAGAAUCCAGAUUAGGAUAUAAUAACGACUUCCGGUAUUCCUCCCCACCCCCAAUGAGACUACAGAGAGAGAUGACCAUGCCUGCAAGGACAGAGGAAUCCCUAGAUCCAAUCACAAGACAGUAUUAUAAUCGGCUGUUUCACAGAUCACAAAGUCCAGACAUGAAUCUAAACCGAAUGGGGCGAGCUGGUGGUAGAUGGCGUCAUAUAACAUCUUGUUUUGCAAACACAGGAUCACAUAUGGCUUUUGUAGAAGGUACUGUCAAACAGGUAGACAACAACUUUAUGUUACCAAAGAGACAACCAGCUCAAAAAAUAAGUUUUUCAAAUAGUAUGGCUAAUCCAAGGACAAUGUACAGAGCUCCAUCUGCCACGAAACGGAAACCGAAAUACAAUUCUACUUACUACGAUCACGCCAAAAACGGAUUUAAAUAUUGGUACCAAGAGCAAAAUAAACCAAUGGAUCUUGGAUUAAGGAAAUCUAUUGGAGCCAAAGGUACCUGGCUGGGAGUGGCUGGAACACUCCCAAAUCCUCUUUCUGGAUUGAACUGAUUUUGUGGCAUCCAGUCUUCGGAUAACAGGACGUAACAUGGAAGAAAUUUAUUAAACUACGUAAAUAAUUGAUUUUGAGAAAUAAACAACAAGACAAUGCAAAUUAUUGUAAAAUUGUCAUAUUUGCUCAGAUGACAGAUCUGACCAGAUCCAUUUUAAAGAACUUUUUGUAUAUAGUUAUGUUAUUUAUAAAAUUAUAUAGAAGACCCUAGUCAAUCUCAAAAUAUUCUGUGAUAUUGCUCAGCCCUGUGAAAUUAGCUUGUUCAGAUCCUAAGUUAUUUAUACACACUAGUAAAUAAAGUAUUUAAAUGCUA